UAGGAGAUAUAGAAGGGAAAGGUGGUGUUGUAGGAAAUGGGAGAAGCAAAGCCGCAAUUUUGAAAAAUUUUGGGACAAUGAGAGAUGAUUGCAGAGCUUUCUUAGGAAGCUCUACAACCAGUAAUUACAAAGUAUGAUUCAGCAGCUUAUGGGGCAGCUGGAUCACUGCCUUUAAGUACUAUAAAUAGAGGUGAGAAGAAGAGGAGAAAGAAGAAGGAAUUAAUUUCAUUGAAAAGGCACAAUCCUUGAAGUUCAACAAGGGGAAGAUGAGCAAAUUCAAUCACAAAUUCAGCCUCAGCUUGCUUCAAACAAAGAACUUCCGCGAAGUUGAAAACAUUGAGGUUGCUAUUGCUCAAUAUUUUCUUAGAGUCAUUGAAGAAGUGGGCCUAUCUAGUGUUCUACAAAUUGUGAUUGAUAAUGCCACAAAUUGCAAGGCAGCUGGGAGAGGAAUACAAAAGGCCGAAAACAAAGGCAGGCCACACUAUGGGCUUGAACCUGGAAUAUUCUUCAACCACAUGACGUGGCCACCAAGAAAAAGACAUCAACCAGUGGGCCCCGCUCCUCCUCUCAACGGCACAGAUCACGCCACCGAAUUCACCGCUGCAGCAUCACGAGUCAUACACGGGCUUGGGCUUUGUACCACAGACAAAACCCCUAACCGCACUAACCUACCCACCAGUCAUUUCACCCUCUAUAUAUAA